AUGGAGCUGUUCGAGGCGGCGUGCGCCGUGAAGGAGGUGGUGCGCGGGCGCGUGCCGCUGCUCGUGGCGGAACGCGCGGAUAUCGCCGCCGCUGCUGGCGCUGAUGGCGUGCUGCUGUCCGAUAAUGGUCUGCCGGCAGUGGCAACGCGCCGCAUGAUGGAAAGUGCAGCGUCGGGCCCGCUGCUGCCACUCGUGGCGCGCCGAGUGGCCUCCGUGGCCGCAGCAGUCACGGCCACCACCGCUGACGGCGCCGACCUCAUUCUGCUCGCGCCCUGCGCUGCCACUGCCGCACCAGGGGGGGCUGCUCUCACUGCCACCACUGCGCCCCGCACUGCUGACGCGGCGGCGGUGGCACAGGUGAGGGCGCGGCAGGUGAGCAUCCCUGUGCUGGUGCAGCGGGGCGAGGGGGCGGCGUGGGCAGGGGGGGAGGGCGUGCAGUGGGUGUGCGGCGUCAUGGGCAGCGGCGCUGCUGGCGUGGCCGUCUCGCUCUCCUCGCUGCUGCAGGCGGCAGCGGCAGAACCAGCGGAAGCUGCCGAGGGAGCGGAAGGAGCAGAAUCAGGGGAAGUACGGGGUGAGGGAGGCGGCGGGGAGAGCCGGGCGAUGCGGGCAGUGGUGGGGCGCGUGGUGGGCGCCAUGGCGGAUGCCCGGUGGGUGACCAGGGGCGCGGGGCAGAGGGAGGGCGCGGGGGAGGACAGCGAGGAGGAGAGUGAGGCGGAGAGUGAGGUGGAGAGUGAGGACGAGACGGAGGAGGUGGGGGUGGGGGUGGGGGUGGGAGGUGCAGCAGAAGAGGAGGGCAGAGGGCGUGGGGACGUGGAGGAGGGGAGGGAGGAGGUGGAGCAGGUGCUAUCUAGCGUGGGGGGGCCUCCAGGGCCAGCUGCUGCAAGCGCUGUGGCGGGGGAGGAUGUGCGCGUGCAGGGGGCAGGGGCGGGGGAGGGGGAGAAGGGGGAAAAGGAAGAGGAGGAGGAAGGGGAGAGCAGGGAGGGGCGGGGGUUGCUGGACGUGGAGGGGCGGCGCAUCAUGAAGGCGGAGAGGAAGCUUCUCAUGUCGCUGCUCGCCCUGCUCCGUGCUGCUUGCCCCCAUAUGGCGGAGAUACAGCUGCUGGAGGACUCCCUCGCCCGCCUGGGGGAACCAUUCCUCGUCGUCGUCGUGGGCGAGUUCAACUCGGGCAAGUCGUCGCUGGUGAACGCGCUGCUGGGGGAUGCGUUUCUCAAGGUGGGCGUGGUGCCCACCACCAACGAGAUCACGCUGCUGCGCCACCUCGACUCCUCGCCCUCCUCCCAGCUGCGUGCGCGUGCCGCCCAGGCCGCCUCCAGUGCAGCGCUGUCAGCAGCAGCGGCAGGGUCGCAGAGGGGUGCGGUGGCAGGAAGGGCAGCAGCGAGGGCGGUGGCGGGGCGCAUGGCGGUGGAGGAGCAACGCCACCCCGACGGCCACAUGAUUCGCUUCCUGCCCGCUGACCUCCUCAAACAGAUGAACGUGGUGGACACGCCCGGCACCAACGUGAUAUUGGAGCGCCAGCAGCGCCUCACGGAGGAGUUCGUGCCGCAGGCCGACCUCGUGCUCUUCGUGCUCUCCGCUGACCGCCCCCUCACCGAAUCUGAGGUGUCAUUCCUGCGCUACAUCCGCCAGUGGGGCAAGAAGGUGGUCUUCGCGCUCAACAAGGUCGACUCGCUCUCCUCGCCCGCCGACGUGAGAGAGGUGCAGGAGUUUGUCACGGCCAACGUGAAGCGCCUGCUGGCCGUCGACACCGUGCUGUGCUUCCCUCUCGCCUCGCGCCCCGCCCUCGCCGCCAAGCUCCUCCACAACGCGCCCUACCCCUUCCCCCCCGCGCCCUCGCCCGCCCUCGCCUCCUCCACUGCCACCAUCCCGCCGCCCGACCCCGCCGCCCAGGCGGCAGCCGCCCGCCUGCGCAACGACCCGUCCUACCAGGCGUCAGGCUUCGCUGACCUCGAGAUCUUCAUCCAGCAGUUCCUGGAAGGUUCCUCCGACGCCGGGGCAGAGCGGCUGCGGCUGAAGCUGGACACGCCCCUGGGAGUGGCGUCGGCGCUGCUGGCGGGCGCGGAGGCGCAGCUAACGGCGCAGGCGGAGGCGGCAGCGCGGGACGACGAGGCACUGGCGGCGGUGGAGGCGCAGAUGGAGGGGUACGGCGCCGCCAUGCGCACCGACUCGCUGCUGCAGCGCGCCCGUGUGGCGGCCCUCGUGAGGGAGGCGGCGGGAAGGGCGGAGGAGUUUGUGGAGGCCACGCUGCGGCUGGGCAAUGCUGACGUCAUGCUGCAGUACCUGUUCUCGCCGCCUGGAGGGGGUGGCUGGGGCGGUGGUGAUGGGGCGAGUGGGGGGGGCAGCAUGCUGCCUGUGAGCAAGAGCUUCCAGACGCAGAUCGUGGGCACCGUGGUGGCUGACGUGCGGAGAGCGCUGGUGGAGCACCACGUGUGGCUGCGCUCCAACAACGCCCGCCAGCUCGCCAGCUACCGCGACUUCGCCCGCACCCGCUGGCCCUCCGUGCCGCCCGGCCCCACACAGCCGGGCAGCGAGGAGGAGGGCGAGGGGGAGGGCGAGGAGGGGAGGAUUCCCGAGACGGUUGGCAUUCUGGAGGGGUUCAGCCCGCGCGCUGCUGCCCUGCUGCUGGAGGAGGAGAUGAGGGAGUCGGUGGUGAGCACGGUGACAGGGCUGGUCGUGGCAGGGGUGUCGGCGUCAGUGCUCACGGCAGUGCUGCAGUCGUCACUGGAGGACCUGCUCGCCCUCACUGUCUGCACCGCUGGCGGCUCCCUGAACGUGCUCACCUUCCCGCAGCGGCGGGAGCAGGUGAAGGGCAAGAUACGGCAGCGAGCAGCGGGGCUCAUCAAGCGCCUGGAGGAGGGGCUGGAGGGCGAGCUGCAGAGCCGCCUGGCCGACCUGGAGUCACGCAUCCGCGCUGAGCUGGCACCGUACCGCUGUGCUGUGGAUGAUGAGCUUGUGCACGUGGAUGUCCUGCAAUCACAGCUGCAGACGUCCACUCAGCAGCUUGAGGAAUUAAGGCAACGGGUCCGCAAUCUUGCCGCCUAA